CUUCGGGGAUGACGUAUGGGGCCGCCUCGGCCUAUGGUGGCGGAGCCGGCCGGCGGCUGGCGGAAGUGGUGUGGGGAGGUAGCCCGCAGUGCGGGAGCGGCGGGACGUGGGGCCACUGACGGGAAGCGGCUCCGGGACCAUGGCUCGCUUCGCUCUGACUGUUAUCCGGCAGUGAGGCAGCUGAGUCAGAGAGGCCAUGUAACUUGCUUAAAGUCACAUGGCAAGUUGAGGAGUGGAGAAACAAGAUUUAACAAGGAGAAAAUUAUUCAAGGACAAGGAGUAGAUGAACCUCUUUCAGAAACUGGAUUUAAACAAGCAGCAGCUGCUGGUGUAUUUCUGAAUAAUGUGAAGUUUACUCAUGCUUUCUCCAGUGAUCUCAUGAGGACAAAGCAGACUAUGCAUGGAAUUUUGGAGAAAAGCAAGUUUUGCAAAGAUAUGACAGUAAAGUAUGAUUCAAGACUUCGGGAAAGGAAAUACGGGGUUGCAGAAGGCAAAGCCCUGAGUGAGCUGAGGGCCAUGGCCAAAGCAGCCGGGGAAGAGUGCCCUGUUUUUACACCGCCUGGAGGAGAGACACUGGACCAGGUGAAAAUGCGUGGAAAAGACUUUUUUGAAUUUCUUUGUCAACUAAUCCUGAAGGAAGCAGAUGAAAAAGAACGGUUUUCCCAAGGAUCUCCAAGCAACUGUCUGGAAACUUCUUUGGCAGAGAUAUUUCCUUUAGGAGAAAAUUGCAGCUCUGAAGUUAAUUCAGACAGUGUCUUUCCAGGAUUAGCCGCCAGUGUCUUAGUUGUGAGUCACGGUGGUUUCAUGAAAAGCCUGUUUGAUUAUUUUCUGACUCACCUUAAGUGUUUCUUACCAGCCACUCUGAGCAGAUCCGAACUUAUGUCAGUCAGUCCCAAUACAGGGAUGAGUGUUUUUAUCAUAAACUUUGAGGAAGGAAGAGAAGUUAAACCAAUGGUUCAGUGUAUUUGUGUGAACCUACAGGAUCAUCUAAAUGGACUGACCGAAACUCGCUAAGAUUAAAUCUGCAUCAAAAUCUAACCAUUUUGAGCCUCUGAAGGGAGUGCCAUUGGCUUUAUUUACUUCCCUCCUCUGCUAGUACUGAUUUGGAAACAGUUAAAAGCAAAUUAUAAAGCUCAGGUCGAAUCAUAGCCACAUAAAACUUUAAUGAACAACCAGAUAGAAUUAACUAUCUUGUUGAAGUACAGUUGGCAUUUUCCAAAGUAAUUUUACCACCCUGCUAAGUGUCAACUCUGGAUUGCACGUGGAUGAUGAAGGAACUCAGUAUUGAAAGUUAGGGAUUAGUAACCUUGUUACAAUGGUUUCUUUUUAUUUUAGCCCAUUUUAAUGGCUACGAGUAAGAUACUGUAUGUUUUUUAGUAUCUCAUCUAGUGCUUGGAAGAAAGAACUGUUUAUAAGUCCCAAUACAUAUUUAUAUUGACUAUUAUAUUUUUAAAAUCCUUUAAAUAAAAAUUCCUUAUAAGUUUAUAUAAAGCAAAAUAACACUAACAUGUUUUACAUAUAAA